GGAUUGAGAGAGUAUCACACUAAAUCACACUAAACCUAACAUCUUCUCAAUUCAAAGCUGAAACAUUUUGUUUACAAAUUCAAAUUGCCGCCUCUUACAAACUUGCGAGCGAAUGGAUGGAGGAACGAGUAUUCCACAAGACUAUGGUGAUUUUUGUAGUGAAUCAACAAAAAGCCUCAAUGUUUUUAAAUACGAUUUAUCCAUGAUGAAGGAGAAUACAGAACCCAGGCUUGCAUAUUCUUUUGAAGACUUGAUACGUGAGGAGGACGAGCGUGUUACAGUUGGGGAGGAUGUGUGUUUGCCUGAAGAUUCGAUUAUGCCACAUAGCCUAGGAGAUGUUGGUAAAAGGUGUCAUCCGAACCAUGUCAAAAACACUGAUUUGCUGUCUAGAGUUUGUGAGUUUUAUCUAUUAAAAAUAUUACUCAUAUUCAUAAAUCAGUAAAUCACUUUUGUUGUGUAAAUUUGAUGUUUAACUUAUCGUAGGUGAUUAUGACUUGAGUAUGAUGACCCCGAAGAUGGGAGUUAAACAUCCUCUGUCACCAGGUUUAUUUGCUUAUUGUUUUGUUCGUAUAAUGAUAUAUGUUAGUUGUUUCACUAAGAAAUAGAAUUGCAGGUAAACAUGUCAACUUUAAUCAAAAAGGUGGUUCAAAUAAUAAAAAAAACCAGAAGAGAGUCAGGUUCUCUCCAUCAACCCCGGACAUAUCAUCUGUGAUUGAUUGUGAUCCGAUAAUAGAGGACACAAAGCAAGUCAAAAAACGUGUAAUACUUGGAGAGUUGUCGUCCAAUGACAUUUUUUUAAAACAAAACAUGAGAGCUGCCAACACAGACUCUUCUCAAAUUACUCAGACCACUCCUGAGAUACACCAUAAACAGAAUGGUGACACAAAUCGAGUCAAAAAACGAGUAGUGCUUGGGGAUUUGUCGUCCAAUGACAGUUUUUUAAAACGAAAGGUGAGAGGAGGGAAUUCAGCCUCUUCUCAAAUUCCAUGUUCUCCCACUACUCCCGACAUACACCAUAAAGAGAAUGGUUUUGUACGUUUUACCCCUCUGACAUCUGAAUCCACGGUUAGGACACAGAGUAGAGACAAAGGCAAGAAGCCUAUGUACAACAGUGAAGAGGAUGUGCCUAUAACUCCUAAAAAUUUGAAUUUCAGUACUGAACAGGUACAAGAUAGUGACACAGAAGAGAAUGACAACUAUUUUAGGUAUCAAGAAGAUGGUACCUAUUUGUUUUCCUCGGAUGAGGACGGGGAUGAUGAUAUAGAUUUUGGUGCUUAUGAGUUUCAAAAAGCAGCUGAAAAUGUUGUCAAGGAGUAUGCUACCUUGGGACCUCCUUCAUACCAAUGUGACAAGUGUAAAGCAUGGAUGUGGAAGGAGGAGCGAUGUAACAAGCAGGUAACAAAAGGAAAACCUGUCUUUUCUUUGUGCUGUGCUAAGGGACAAGUUAAUCUUCCCAAAGAACCAAGAACCCCUUCAUAUAUGUGGCAACUGCAUGAUGAUAAAAGGAAAGGGAAACGCUUUCGGGAUGGUAUGCGAUUGUACAACAGCAUGUUUGCAUUCACUUCAACCGGCGGUAAAGUGGAUAAUACUAUUAAUAAUGGUGGAGCACCGUAUGUGUACCGAUUAAAUGGACAAAAUCACCAUUUAUUUGGGUCUCUUAUACCAGAUGAGGGUAACGAUCCUAAAUUUUGUCAACUCUACAUAUAUGACACCCACAAUGAGAUUAAUAAUCGGCUGAAAUGGGUAAACGUUAAAGAUGGUGAUCCUGUUGAUGUUGAGAUUGUUGAGGGUUUAUCUAAAAUGCUUGACCAAACAAAUGAGCUGGUGAAGGAGUUCCGUACCCACCGUGAUCGUUAUGAACAGGAUAAGAUUACUGAAUUAGAGAUAACACUCAAAGUUUGUAGGUCUGAAAGUGGUCGUGUGAACAAUGUAGGACCAUCUGAUGAAGUUGCAGGGAUCAUGAUAGGUGACUUGGAUGAUACUGACGGUACCCGUGAUAUUGUUCUGCAUUCCAAACAAAGAGGUCUAGAAAGGAUUUCUGACAUUCAUCCCAAGUUGAUGUCCCUACAGUAUCCACUCCUGUUUCCUGCUGGAGGUGAUGGUUUCCAUAAGAAUAUCCCUUUUGGCAAAGUGGAGAAUGGAAAAAGCAAGAAUCGUGAAAUGAUCUCAAUGAAAGAAUAUUACUCAUAUAAAUUUCAGGUUCGAACCAAUGAAGGAAUUACUCCUCGGCUUGGUGGUAGACUGUAUCAACAAUAUGUGGUCGACGCAUUCUCAACUAUUGAGCAGGCAAGAUUGUGGUGGUUUCGCACUCAUCAAACUACACUGCGUACUGAGUUAUAUAACAAAAUAAAGGAUUCUGUUAGAGUUGGUAAUUCAGAAACAUCUAAUGUCGGCAAAGGUUUCAUUCUCCCGGCUGGAUUUGUUGGAUCGAGAAGGUACAUGCAACAAAAUUUCCAGGAUGCUCUUGCCGUAUGUCGCUUCAUUGGACACCCGGACAUCUUCCUGACGAUGACUACCAACCCUUUGUGGGAUGAGAUAUUGCAGAUGAUGAAAUUGUUACCACAUUGCACUCCUCAGAACUCUCCUGAUGUCAUAGCACGUGUCUUCCGGCUCAAACUAGACCAACUGAUUGAAGAUAUCAAGAAGAAUCAGAUAUUUGGAGUCUGUCUUGGAGUUAUGUACGUUGUCGAGUUCCAAAAAAGAGGCCUACCACACGUCCAUAUGUUAAUUUGGUUGGACUCGGCAUCGAAGCACAACUUACAAAAUAACGUGGACAAAUUUGUCUCCGCUGAAAUCCCAGAUCCUACCAAGGAUCCCGUCGGACAUGCUGCUGUUCAGGCUUUUAUGAUACAUGGUCCAUGCGGUCACAAAAAUCCAAAGUGCCAAUGUAUGAAAGGGAAGAAGUGUUCUAGACACUUCCCAAAGAAGUAUUCUCCUUCCACUACUUUUGACCAAUCUGGCUUCCCCAUCUACAAACGUCGUUGCACAGGAGUAACAGUGAAGAAAGGCAAAGCCGAACUUGACAACCAGUGGGUUGUCCCAUACAAUCGAACCCUCUUGGUUAAAUACCAAUGCCAUAUCAAUGUCGAGGUAUGUGCUCAUGCACGCAGCUUGAAGUAUUUAUUUAAAUAUUGUCUUAAAGGCCACGACAGGGCCACUGUUGAAAUUCGAGGGAAGAAAAGGAGAAAUGAUAAGGGUGAGCUUUUAGAUGAACCCGAAGACGAGAUACAGUCCUUCUUUGAUGGGAGGUAUAUAUGUGGGUGUGAGGCUGCAUAUAGGAUAUUUGGAUUUAAUAUACAUUAUCGUUCUCUGUCUGUGUUGCGUUUAUCAUUUCAUCUCCCAGGAAAUAAAAGUGUCACCUUUCGAUCAAAUGAACCGCUGAACAAAGUAGCUGCCAGAGAAAAACAUAAACCCAGCCAGCUAGAAGCCUACUUUAUUCUUAAUGCCAGUGAUCCUAAUGCUAGACAAUACCUAUAUGAUGAAAUUCCACAACAUUAUGUGUGGAACGAUUCUGAUAAAAUCUGGAAUGCAAGAAAGAGAGGGAAGCAAAUUGGUCGUCUAGCAUACACACAUCAUAGCAGUGGAGAAUUAUGGUUUCUCAGAUUGUUGCUGACCAGAGUUAGAGGAGCAGUUUCUUUUAAGUGUUUGAGAACUGUGAAUGGGAGAGUUUUUCCCAACUAUCAUGAGGCUUGCAAAGAAUAUGGAUUCCUUGAUGACGAUCAAGAAUGGCAUCAAGUUAUGAAACAAUGUUCCAGUUGCGGCUUUCCACCACAAAUCAGAGAACUGUUUGUACACAUUAUGGUAAACUGUAAAGUUUCUGAUUUGAAAUCCUUAUGGGACAGCCACUGGAAAGACAUGGUCGAUGAUAUCUUAAUGAAGCAGAGGAAGAAAACAGAAAAUCCAUAUCUCACACUUAAUGAAAAACAAUUACAGUUCUUUGCAUUGGCGGAAAUUCAUGAUCUGUUGAAGUCAAUUGGUAAAUCAAUUAAAGAUUUCAGUCAAAUGCCUCAACCUCCUAAUUCCUACCUCGACUGCAAUCUAAACAAUCUGAUUAUUGAAGAGACAAGCUAUGAUAUGGCUGCAAUGAAGAAUGAAUAUGAUGAUCUCAUCUCAAAGUGUAACAAAGAACAACUACAAGUAUAUACAUCUGUUAUGGAAUCAAUUGAGAAGCAGGAAGGUGGGUUGUUCUUUGUUUAUGGCAGUGGGGGAUGCGGCAAGACCUAUUUAUGGAGGACGUUAAUUUCUAAAUUGAGGUCUGAACGACAUAUUGUCCUUCCUGUGGCUUCCUCCGGUAUUGCAGCAACUUUAAUGCCUGGUGGUCGAACUGCACAUUCAAGAUUCAAGAUACCAAUAGUUCUUGAUGAAUAUUCCAUGUGUGCUAUUAAUCAUAAAUCUGACAUUGCUGAAUUAUUAAAGCGGACCAGGUUGAUCAUUUGGGACGAGGCUCCGAUGCAACAUCGAUAUACUUUUGAAUGUCUUGAUAGGUCUCUAAAAGACAUUAUGAAAUCUGUUGACAGCCGUCUUUCUGAGUUGCCAUUUGGAGGUAUCACCGUUGUUUUAGGUGGCGAUCUACGUCAAAUUCUACCUGUCAUUCCCCAGGCCUCACGUGCAGAGAUUGUUGCAGCUUGCAUUACAAGGUCCAGGCUUUGGAGGCUUGCUACUGUGUUCCAAUUAAAACAAAAUAUGCGGCUUAAUAAAGGACAGAAUGAAGAAGAAGUGAAGCAACUUAGUGAGUUUGCAAAAUGGGUUCUGGAUGUAGGUGACGGGAAGAUUAAAUUGCCAGAGCAUUUACGUGAUGGACACAUGGAAGAUGACAUAUUGAUCCCUGAACAAUUUUGCAAUCCUGAUAUUGACAAUUCUGUUGAUGAAAUGUUGACCAGCACCUUCCCGAAUUUCUUGGACAAUUUCCAAAAUUCCAACUAUUUAAGUGAGAGGUCAAUAUUAACACCAACUAAUCUUACAGUUGGUUAUGUUAAUAGUGUCAUAGUAGACAAGAUCCCUGGUGAAAUGUCAUCAUAUUACAGUGUUGAUAGUGCUGAAGAUUUUCCCGGCACUGCGCUCGAACAAACUGCCCAUUUCCCACCUGAGUAUCUUGGUGCAAUCAAUAUUCCAGGUUUGCCACUUCAUGAACUAAAACUAAAAGUGGGAGUUGUUGUUAUGUUGAUGCGCAAUUUAAACCAAACUCUCGGUUUAUGUAAUGGGACUCGGAUGAUGAUCACAAUGGUCCUUAAGCACUGUGUACAGUGUGUAGUCAUUUCUGGAGCCUUCAAAGAAACAAGGCAUUUCAUUCCAAGGAUGGAACUUUCUCCCACGGAGACAAAGCUUCCAUUCAAGAUGUGCCGGAAACAGAUGCCCUUGCAAAUCUGUUACGCUAUGACCAUUAACAAGUCUCAAGGUCAGUCACUAGAGAGAGUUGGUCUUUAUCUUCCAAAAGGGGCAUUCACACAUGGACAGUUUUACGUCGCUGUUAGUAGGGUGACAUCUCCCCAAGGCCUUCGGAUUUUCUGCAAUGAUGAACUGGGUAAUAGCACAAAUAUAACACAGAAUGUGGUGUACAAGGAGGUUUUUUAUAAUGUACCCAGUUCUUAAGUAUUUGUAAUAUUUCCUUUGAAUUUUGUGGACAAACUACCAACUGUUGGUUGGUUUUUUGAUAUUUUUGGUGGACCUCUGUCAAAGGUCAGCAGACUUGGUUUAUUACAAACUGAUGGCAAAUUUUGCAGCCAAUGCAUGAAUACAUAUCAUUUUACUUGCAUUCUAAUUAUAUUGUUUCCUCUAAAUUUUACCACCUUGAAUAAAAUGAUUGUCACCAAAUUUUCAGUCAAGUUACAACUAAUUCAAAAUUUUUUAAGGACUCCCAGAGGAUAGUUUUAGAAUUGUGUUGUACAAGUUUCCAAGUCCAAUUUCUUUUUAUUUUCAGUGGAAGCCACUACUUUUGUAUAGAUGAUCGUACAAUAAUUGAGUUGUCCACAGCCACACAAUCACUUUAAAGAAGAUAAGCAGAGAGUUAGGUUACUUUUUGUUGUUCAACCAAAACGAUAAUCUUCCAAACAAUGGCUUUGAUUAAGUAUGAUAAAUUUAACACACUGAAUGAUUCCAAAACAGAGUGGAGGAUAAGAGUAAGAGCACAAUCGAUUUGGAAGGGGAUAACGAGAAGUACUGGCGAAUUCCGAGGUUACAACAUUCUCCUCUUCGAUGACUCGAGCGAGCGUAUUCAUGCUUUCAUCAGUGCACAACUAGCUCCAAAAUUUGAGGAUGAACUGGACGAGGGGGAUAUUUUCACUGUUGAAAACUUCAAGGUUAAUGUUUAUAAUGGAGACGAGACAAGCCGGGCUGUAAGAUAUGAAAAACAUAUUUACUUCACUGCAGAAACAAUCUUCAAAAAAAACACGAGUCAUGGUCUACCAAUACCAUAUCACAGCUUUGAUCUAUUUAGGCUCCAAGAUUUGGAAUCAAUGAAAACAGAUAACCGUUACUUGACUGGUACUUUUUGUGACAGUACAAGACAAGCAUAUGUCUCUUUCAAUAAUAGAAUCUAACCCCACACGUAUUUAUUUUUGCAGAUGUGUUGGGUGUGAUACAUGAUGUUCCAGAAAGGAUUAAUUAUACCAAAGGGACUGAUGAAAAAUCACAUGUUCAAUUCACUAUAACAGAUGGAAAGAAAAGUGUUAAGGUCACUUUCUUUAAUGCUUUUGGAGAGUUAUUCCUAAAUGCAAAAGAAAAAUGUACUGAACUCCCAAUCAUAAUUGUUAUUGGAUCUGGAAAGAUUAGUGAAUAUAAAGGGGAGGUUUAUAUAACCAACUUUCCGGCAACAAGAUUCUACCUUAACUUGGAACACCAUUCUGUCAAAGCACUGAGGGAAAGG